AUGCUCAUCGGCAAGUCGGCUCUCUUCUUCCACCAGGGCCACUACCACUCCCGCCUCAAAACCCUCGUCCGCGCCUCGCUUUCUCCGCACCGCCGCCUCCGCCACCUCACCCCUCGCAUCCAGUCCUUAGCCCUCUCUUCUCUGCACUCCCUCGCCGCCUCCGCCGCCUCCGCCGCAGUCGUCUCCACUUUCCACGAGCUGAAAAAGUACUCGUUCGACGUCGCCGUUCUGGCCGUGUUCGGAGAAGUAGUAGUGGACCCCCGUUGCAAGCGAGAGUUGAGCCGUGACUACGGGAUAGUGGAGAAGGGCUACAAUUCUUUCCCCACCAGAAUCCCGGGGACGGCUUACCACGCGGCUGUCUCGGCGAGGAAGCGGCUGGGGGAGAUUGUGCGCGAGAUAAUAACGAGGGAGCGGAAUAAUAAGGAGAAGAAGAAAAGUAGUAGCGUUGAAAAGGAGGGGUUGCUGCUGGGACAGCUGCUCGAUUUCAAGGACGGGGAGGGUGGAACGUUGACCGACGAGGAGAUCGCCGACAAUCUCAUCGGGGUUGUGUUCGCGGCGCGGGACACUACGGCUAGCGUGUUGACUUGGGUGCUUAAGUUCCUCGCCGACGACCGCAAGCUACUGGAAGCCGUCAAGGCGGAGCAAAUGGCGAUUUAUGAAGCCAACGAGGGAGGCGGGGAGUGCUUAACAUGGGGACAGAUCAGGAAUAUGCCUCUUACGUAUAGGGUGAUUAUGGAGAGCUUGAGGAUGGCCAGUAUCAUAUCAUUCACAUUCAGAGAAGCAGUAGCUGAUGUGGAAUACAAAGGGUGGAAAGUGAUGCCACUGUUCAGGAACAUUCAUCACAGCCCAGAAUUUUUUCCUGAUCCACAAAAAUUUGACCCUUCUAGAUUUGAGGUUCCUCCAAGGCCCAAUACAUUCAUGCCAUUUGGGAAUGGAUCACAUGCUUGCCCAGGAAACGAACUCGCCAAACUUGAAGUCCUCAUCUUCCUCCAUCACCUUCUUACCAAUUUCAGGUACCUACAAACAUAGGGAAAAAUUAUAUAUCGUUUCCUAACAGCUACACAGAAAAACAAACAAAAAACAUGUAUUCUCCUUCACAUUUGGUUCAACUGCUUCAUGUACCGCUAAAAAUUAUCUAUCGAUUUAGACUUCGAUAAGAAAUUUUUCUGAUCAGACCGCCAAUACAAUAUGAUUUUACAAACACCGUUAAUAUUAGCUCUUAUUGUGGGGGAAUGGGUCCUGCCCAAUUGUUAGGGCUGAGCCAUGAGAGAUAGCUGAUUUAUGUAUAUUUUUGGGUUGUAUUUUGUUUGGUUUUGCAGGUGGGAAGUAGUGGGGAAGGGAAAUGGAGUUCAAUAUAGUCCAUUCCCUGUACCUCUAGAAGGGUUGCCCGCUAGAUUUUGGAGAGAGCCACGUUCAUCAACCCCUCUAAAGCACAGCUGCAACCCCUUCUAAUUUAUCACUUAACCGUACACCUUUUUUAAUAUUUUCUUCUCCUAAUUGUAUUUGAUAUGGAAAAUCUCGCUGAUGCAAAACUCAUUAUAAUCUUUGAGUUUCAUGAUUAUCGCAGUGUACAGUAAUAGAAUGUCAAAAAGUAUAUAUAUAGCCGCCAAACAAAGCAGGGAACAACUCUCUGUAGUAAUCACACUCGCCAAAGAGAUGAUCUCUAGUUUUUUUUAGCCAUGGUUACAGAGUUUACAAUGGAAAGGACCUAGAAAAUCCCAUUGACUCAUCUUCUUCCUUGUUUGAAUCUUUUCCUCUAACAAUCAGCCAAAUCAAAAAUCCAUUUCAUGGGACAACAAUUCCCUUCUAGCGGAGAGGCAGGAUAUAUUUGAGGAUCGGAGGCCGGA